AUGGUGCAAAGGAGGUGCGGAGGAAUAUGGCAAAAAUUACAGAGGGGACAAGGAAAAACAUCGGAAAGACAUGGCAUCCUGAACUUAGAGACAAAUCUGCCGGUGUUAAAACCCAUGUUUACUGAGCAAAAGAAUUGCAAUGUUUACAUUCCAACUACCAAAAAACAAACAUUGUGUAACUCCUGCUAUUGUACGUUAAAGAAGUUGAAAGAGUGGAGUGAGAACAUAUACAGAAUUUCACCUGAUCCACAGAUAAUUGAUUGUUUAAGGAAUGGUCACUUUGGUUCCAUUGAUCUAGAACCUGGUCUAUCACAUACAGUUGGUCCAGCAGGGGAUGCUGGCAGUAUAGACAAAUCAGAUAUAAAUGACACAGUUAUUCCAGAGGAGGAUUGCAUACUAUCAUCAGGAGUAAAAAGAUCUUUUACAGAUGACCAUUCAUAUAUCAACCACAAAGGGCACAAUACAAGUGAUUCAAAUGACCAUGAAUAUUCCUGUAACUUGCACACAGAGGAGGAUGAAGAAGAUGAUGAAGACGUCAAUAUUUUAUGUCAGGAUAGAAUAAAACAAAUAUUAAAACUACUCAAUUUAAAGAGUAAUGCUGCAUAUGACUACCCAAGCAUGUUAAGGACUUGUAGUCAGACAGAUCUUAGCGAAAAAGACAUCUUCAUGAGCAUUAUUGAAGAAAUGAAAACACGAUGUCCACAACUGCUUGAAAUACUGUUAUCAGUAUGUGUGAAGGAUACGACAAAAGUUAAUUUAAGGCAAAUUAACAGUGUUGCUGUUGCAUAUUCAUCUCUAAUGUUUGCUAGAAACAACAAAAACUCUGGUAUACAAAGAUGUAUUACCCUGUUAGCUGUUAAAGGAGAUGCAAAUGAUGAGGUCUAGGAUACAGCACAGAUGAUUACAUUUACAACUACUUCACAAAUUUAAUAACCUGGGGUAUUCAAAUAAUUAACAUGAAUGACACAGCAAAGGAAGGGGACAUGGAGAGACUUAUAAUGAAUAUGAAGGAAAAUGCAGCCUUUUUUUUACAGCCACUCAGUAAUGAGCAAAUAUUUUUCUGAGUGCGUUAACACCAUCUUACAAGUACAGCACCUAUCAUCCCCUCAUAUGAAAAUGAGACAGCUAGAAGGGGCAUUCAUUAAUACCAAAGGAGGUUCUGGUAAAAACAAAGAAGCAGACCUGGUGCAGGAGCAUGCCAUUAGAAAUCAGAAGGACUUAAUAAGAGGUUUAGGAGCAAAUAAAACUGAAAAUGGUUCCAGGAGAGCUAGCAGCUCAGCAGACAUCAUCCAUCGAAUAGGAGACAAUGUAGACCAUCUUCUUGGUAUACCUAAAUUCACAUCAAGCCAUGCCAAGAAAACGUCAUCUAAAGAUCUGGAAAUUGCUAUAAACAUUUUAAGUAAAGUUCAGCCAUUUAAAUAUGUUAAGGGUAGGAAAUUUGAAAGUUUUAAAACAAUACAAAAAAAUCCAAAACUAAUUGUUCAAAGGAAAGAUCUAAUACAUGCCAUCCAUAAAAAAAUUCAGAGGUUAUUUUUAAAUUCAUAAUUUUUUCUAUAGUGUGUUUAUAGUUUCAUAGAAAAUCAGGUGCCUAUAUCUACUGAACUUUGUGUUUCUAUUAAAAAAAAAAUUAGAAUAACUUAUUUACUGAAUGUCAAUAGCAUAUAAGUCAUAACCAUUAAUUUUUCAAUGCAUGUAAAUUUCUCUCCACUAAUAUUGAAAAUGAAAUGAAGGUAAAAGCAAUUUUCAGUUAAUUUUACUUACACAUUACAAUAAUUUAAUGUUAUUUUUGAAACUAGAUAUAUGCCGAAACAGUGGU